CGUGCUCUGUCUCCACAGCCAGAUCAUUCAGCCUGCAGGCAGCAGCUCGACACUUUCAGACAGCCAGUGUGGGGGAGAACGUUGCUGCCGUACUUCUGUGUGUGAGAGUGUGUGUGUAUAAUACUGCAUAUGUGCAUGACUGUGUGUGUGAGAUAGUGGUUUAAGCAGCCUCUUAGGAUGAGCGGCAGAGGGAGACAGACGGUGUUGUAAUUGAGAGUUGGUAACAUCGCCUCUCUUUGCCGCCUCACCCUGUCCUCAGCCCAUCCUGCCCUUCUCUCCCUUUCCUCUGGCUCUGAUCUACAACACCGCUGGGAUGUCUUCUUCUCCAGGAUCCAUGGAUGGAAGACAGAGGAAUAACUGGAGGAGACUCACACAGAGGCUGAGGCUUGACACACUGCUCGCUUAACCAGCCGCGGCAAUGAAAACUGGUGACCGUGUCAGCAUGCAUGCACCCAGCCUGCCACAGGAGUUGCUAGAGCAAGGACAUCACGGCCGGCCAAACCCUCCCCUAACCUGGACAAUUGUGCACUGCCACAUGGGUCUCCUGGUCACAGCCGGCAGCAACACAGCCCAGGAUCGAACCCGGGGUUAGUGCUGAUUGUCCAUCGGACUUGAGAAUGCUGCAAGAAGGAGGAGGAGGAGAAGAAGGAGGAGGAAGAGGUCCAUCUUGCACAAUCUGUUCAUGUCCAUAAAUGUGUUUAAAAUAGGAGUUACUAUGAGAUAAACCAUCACUGGAGGCUAUGAAAAUACAUGUGUUGGUCACAGGAAUAAGCCACAAUUGGUUAACAGUUGCCUCAUUGGUUUAAAUUAGUGUGCUGACAUAGAACAUUGACAGUUCCAGCAAUGAAGUGAGUAAGCGGUUCAAAAUGAACAUUAGAUAGUUUCAUGGCAGUGAAUGCUUAGUGCUCUAAUAGGUAUAGUGCUUGGUAGAUAUAAUGCUUAGUGUUCUAAUAGAUAUAGUUCUUGGUAGAUAUAAUGCUUAGUGUUCUAAUAGAUAUAGUUCUUGGUAGAUAUAAUGGUUAGUGCUCUAACAGAUAUAGUUCUUGGUAGAUAUAAUGGUUAGUGCUCUAAUAGAUAUAGUUCUUGGUAGAUAUAAUGGUUAGUGCUCUAAUAGAUAUAGUUAUUGGUAGAUAUAACGGUCAGUGCUCUAAUAUAUAUAGUGUUUGGUAGAUAUAAUGCUUAAUGCUCUAAUAUAGCGUUGUUGUUUGACUCUGCCAGCUCUCUCUCUAGGAUGUUGAGUGGGCCUGACAGCAGUAGAGUGACUCAGUUUGCCCCCAGGUUCCCACUCCUACGCUUUUCUUGUCUGCACAAACCAAAGUAGAAUGCAGAUAGCCUGGGCACUGUGUUCCCCGGAUAAGGUGCUACCCCAGGUGAACGAGGAGGAGCCUCCUCAGGUGAAGCCAAAGGAGGUGGAGUCUAGCCAGUUUAAGCUGAAGGAGGUGGAGCCUGCCCUGGUGAAUCUGAAGGAGAGGCAGAAGUUCUUUGAAGAGGCAUUCCAGCAAGACAUGGAUCAGUACCUGUCCACCGGCUACCUGCAGAUCGCUGAGAGGAGAGGCAGCUUUUCAUCCAUGGAGGUGAAUGUAGACAUGCUGGAGCAGAUGGACCUGAUGAACAUGGUCGACCAUGAGAGCCUUGACGUCUUCCUCCACUCUGGGGGAGAGGACAACAGCGUUGCCUCGCCCAUGCUGGGUCCAGACGUGGAGUCAAUAACCACAGAGAUCACACUGCAGGUUCCCACCCAGGCUGAGCUAAGACACAAGCUGUCCUCCCUCUCCUCCACUGACAGCCAGGACACUGAGGCCAGGGAGGAUGAAGGGGGUAGGGAGGACCGCAUCCACUGUCCUGUCAGGGUGCAAUCAUACGAGAUAGAGGUUCCCCCCAACACAGGCCUAGCAGGGAGGCCACUGCUCCAGCCACUGCCCCCACCCAGAAACCAGACACUUAAACACUGAGGACAGCAGCUCACAGGCCACGUAAGGGCCAGGGUAGAAGUGAAGACACUGAACGGCCCAAACCCCUGCGAGGACUGGUUGCUAUGCACUGGAUGCAUGGAAGAGAUGCAUCAUUUAUGUUCACUGUAUUUUCAUCCGUUUUGUAAAGAAAUAAUUCCACGUUGGACAUUGUGUGGUUACAGUAUUAUUCCCCCCCAAAUCUCUUGAAUUGGUAAUAAACAUUUCACCCACUUGUA